AUGGCGCCUGGCUACGGCCAGGGUGGCAGAGGCGGCGGGGGCUUCAGAUGGGGCCAGGGUGGAUGGGGGCAGUACGGCGGCCACCCAGGAAAACGCAUCGGAGCACUGGCGGCGCGCAUGCUGGGUAACAACGUGGCUGACGCAUCAGGCACAGUCACGGGCGACGUCAACGCUACGGGCGUCGUGCUGCUCGCCGCCUACAACUACAGCGGCGACUACAACAUCCGCUACGGUGCUGCCCUCAAGCUCACCGACGCGGGCUUGCCCACAUCCAUUACCAUCAACGACAACGCCACGUCAGCAGUCGUCCUGGAUUUUGGCGCCAGUGCCACAUGGACCAAUCUCACGUGGUCUGGAAACUGCUCUGCACUGAACGCCAAUGGUACUCUGAAGCGCGGCGCCCGCCGCCAGCCGCCCUUCCCGAAGUUCUUUGGCUUCUUCCGCCCUCCCGUUCCCUCGGGAUUUGUUUAUGGGUUUGCUGGAAUGUGGUACAAUGCAAGCACUAUUACCACGGCGGCCGGGCCGACUUAUAAGGAUGUGAUGGAUCUGCUUCUGGCGAAUCCUGCUUCUUACUAUGCGGUUGCUUCCACUGAUGCUUAUCCCAAUGGUGCGGCUCUUGGGUCGUUUGCGGCCCGUAACUGUCCUGCUGAUACCGAAGCGCGUGCGUCGGCGGCAAUUUCGCCUCCUCCGUUCGCGGCUCAGCCCGCCUUGUCCUCUCCUUCUCUCCCAAUCUCUCUGCUAUCUCUUCUCCCGCUGCUUCCGCUUAUCCUCGCCGAUCGGGUGCUGGCGGAGCCCGUUCCGCUCUUCGAGAACGGCGCCGACGUGCUGACGGCUGCGGGCAGCGGCGAGCCCGUUACCAACAGCGUCAUUUCGCUACUCUUCGGCAUCGCUGUCGUCGGACUGGUCGUGCUGACUGGCGGGGUGGGGUACCUAGCAUACACGGACUGGCAGGACAAGAGGGAGAUAGAGAAGCUGGCGGCAGCAGAGCCGGUGAAGCGGCCGACAGCCACGUCUGAGAUCCGCGCCGCCAUGAAGUCGCCGCCCAGAGCCACACCCAAGGGGUUUGGGAAGAAGUCGGAGAAGGAGAUUGCGGAGGAGAGUGAUGCUUGA